AUGAAGAGAAAAUUCACUGGUGAGGCCCAGUGUGCGGGCAUCACAACAAACUCUCGUCUAACUUGCGCCACUGUCGUCCUUUUCCUGCUAUUUUUGGCUCAUUUCUCAUUGGAAGAAUUUUACAAUGGCAGAGGUUCCAAAAUGACCGGAUUCCUAUCGCAAAAUGUCACAGGGACGAUUUUGGCGGUUUUCAUCGUAUUAGCGGCGUACUUUGUAGGAGAAGGUUACGUUUUCAGGGUUUACAAGGGGUCCUUUGUGGACGGGCGUGGGCUGGUUACCCAGGUGAAGCAUCCGGUUGGCUAUUCAUGGCGUGACACAAGGCCGUUUGUUCUGCAGAGUCGUCUAUCCAUCGAAACAGUCAUACACACUGAUGAUUGCGAAAAUUACGACGUGAAUUCGGUAAUUUACCACAAUAUAGACCACUGGCGUCAAAAGACCAAUCUAGAACUCGAAGAGGUUUGUCUAUGUCUUGAGCGAAGCGAGAUGUCCCGAAGAAUGAGCCUGAGCGACUAUCCGACCAUAGGGAGGAUGAAGAGCUCUUCUUAUCAGUAG